AUGCAAUUGCUUGCAGGUCGAUGUCAGAUACUAUACAAGGUGAUGGAUGACGACGAAUACGAGGACACCACCAAGCGCAGUGAAUUGAGGUUCCGGGUUCAACGUCCAUUCUCACCAAUUGGACUUUACAACCAAUCCUGUAAAACAAUAAAUAACUCUCCACAAGUCUUGGUCAACUGA